UUGACACGGGGGUGCGCGGGACCACCCCUUUGCCCUGUGCCGGGCCAAUCAGGACCGCCCCUCUCGCCACUCGCUCCGGAGGACUUGUUCUGCUCGAUCCUCAGAGUCAGUUCUGCUCGGCCGGCGGUCGCAACAGCAGCAGCAGCACCGGCGUCGUCCCGAUGGAGCCGCGGCCUGUCUUCCUCGCCACCCUCCUCUGCUUCUUCGCAUCCGCCGUACAUGCAAGUUGGGAGGAAUGGUGGACCUAUGACGGAAUCUCAGGUCCAGCGUUUUGGGGACUCAUUAAUCCUCAGUGGAACUUGUGCAAUAAAGGGCGAAGGCAAUCACCUGUCAACGUGGAACCCACGUCGUUACUGUACGACCCACACUUAAGGUCACUCCACAUCGACAAACACAAGAUAAGUGGUAUAUUAUGGAACACCGGCCAGUCAUUGGUGAUGAGGGUCGACAAAGACACGAAGCACCACAUAAACAUCACAGGUGGCCCGCUGGCGUAUCGGUACCAAUUCGAGGAAAUCUACAUUCAUUAUGGAACAGAAAACCACCAAGGUUCAGAGCACAGGGUCCAUGGGUACGCCUUCCCUGCUGAGAUUCAAUUGUAUGGGUUCAACGCAGAGUUGUAUCGAAACAUGACUGAAGCGCAGCACAGAGCCCAAGGAGUAGUCGGAGUGUCUAUAAUGGUUCAGAUUGGUGACACGCCGAACCCUGAGCUGCGCGUGAUCACGAGCUCUUUCAGCAAGCUUACCUACCGGGGCUCGUUCACACCGAUCAAGCACCUGCAGCUGCGCAGCCUGCUGCCAGACACAGAGCACUACAUGACCUACGAAGGCUCAACCACGCACCCUGGCUGCUGGGAAACGGCAGUGUGGGUCAUCCUAAACAAACCCAUCUACAUUACCAAACAAGAGUUGUACGCGUUGAGAAAGCUGAUGCAAGGCCCUGAAGAGAGCCCGAAGGCGCCUUUAGGCAACAACGUGCGCCCGCUGCAGCCGCUGUACCACCGCACAGUGCGCACUAACAUUGACUUCACUAAUAAACAGGGUAAAAACUGCCCAAGCAUGUAUAAAGAUAUGCAUUACAAAGCAAACUCGUGGCAGGCCAGCGAACAAGACACCUUUUAUCCUUCUUAAAGCGGAAACAUCGCUGUCAAAAGGUCCAAGACUGUUGCUAAAAGGACAUGAAUCUACAAUUACUAAUCGAUUCAAUCAAUAAGGUCGCGAAAUAAAUGGUGGAAUAUGGAAAUGCGCGUUAUUUAAUUGCUCUAUAGUUGAUGAAACUGCUGUGUAUAAAUAAAUUAUAUAUUCAUGUUAUUCAAACGAUUCAAACAUAGCCCAAGAGAAAUCGAAAAUUUCCGUGUUAGUCGAGGACGGAUGUUGAAAACUCAAUACUCUAUUAAACCGCAACAAACAACACAGAAUCCUAUUUAUUGAUUUUAGGUCCGGGUAAAAUUUUGUGCGCGUCUCUAAACAAUUAUGUCUGUUAGUUUAACACCAAAUUAAACUGCUGGAUAUCAAAACGAAAUCUAUGGUAUGGCCAGCGUUUGUGUUUUAUUGUUACUUUGAACAUUUACUAAACGGAAAAUAUUGAUUGUUAGUUAUGUACUGUGCAUCAUGUAUAAAAUAUAUAUUCACUGCUCAAAGAAGAUGAGCUUUGGGAACACACGCAUGUUGUUGUCGCAUUUGAACGAUUUGGAGCAGCUUUGAAGGAAUAAAAUCGAACAAGAGUUCCCACUUCUCUUCUAA